CGUUAUUGCCCUUCUGCUCUCCGAAAAACAAUGGGGGUGUCUGGCGAGCCUUGCAGCGUGCAAGCUUCAUAGGUCUGCAGCCCUGCUUUCUCCGGUGCCUAAACUGUGCUGUGUCGUGCCCUGGCGCAGCAGUCCUCUAUAUAGGGAAAAGGCGCCUUUAGAUGUCUGUAUAAGAUUGUUCGCCAAGAGUUUUCCGCUAAAUAUUGUUGCGAUCAACUUACUCCUGCCUUUCGGCUUGUUUGAAGAAGCCUCCCGCCCCCGUAGUUGUCCGUCAGAUGUAUUUGUACUACAGCGCCCAUUAUCUUUGCUCAAUCUUUUCAUACACUGUGGAUUAUGGGACUUUUAAAAAAAUGGAGCGGAGCAGGGAGGCAACAUUUUCUAUUCGGUUUUCCCUCAAGAAUUCACUAGGUUACAGCGUAUCAUGACCUAUUUGUAGAGCAUUCUGGGGUGUUUCUGUGUACACCUUGUUAGCACCUUUAGUUGUUUGGCAGACAUAAUUAUCUCCAGAUUUGAGUGAUGAACCGUAACUGUCAGGAAAUAGGCUGUUUGCUGUAUCAUCCCCAAAGCAGUUGAAUUGGUAACUUUAAAGGUAUUAAUGUGACUAUAUCAGAACUGCCUUUUCCAGCCUGUAUGAGCCUGAAGAGAAAGGUUAUCGGCAAUUGAUUGAAAAAGCAUCUUACAAAUUCACUGAUUUAAAGGUUGCAGCUACCUACCAAAAAGAAGGAAUAUUAAAACAAUCUAAAACUGUGUUUCUAAAAAGAAAAAAGUUCACCAUUGAACCAAUGGCUUGAAAGAUUCUGAAUAGUGCCAAAACUUCCAUUGCUUUUGAUGCUUAUUUUAUUUCUUUAAAACAUGAUAAUCCAGUUCUCAUGGAAGAAAUGUUUCCCAUUAUAUUGUGUCCUCAAAGUUCCAGCUGCUGGCUUCAAAAGUACAAAAGAAAAAGGGCUUAUCCUACAGUCUGUGUCUCAGGAUGUUUACCAGAAUUUAGCAUUAGAGGAUUGGAUCCAUGAUAACAUGGAUUUAGAGAAGAGACAUGUUCUUCUCCUCUGGAGAAAUUCUUCUGCUGUAGUGAUUGGUCGGCAUCAGAAUCCCUGGCAGGAAUGUAACCUUGGAGUCAUGAGGCAGAAGGGUGUAAAGCUUGCUCGAAGACGAAGUGGAGGAGGUGCAGUUUACCACGACAAAGGCAACAUUAAUCUGACUUUUUUCACUGACAGAAAAAAAUAUGAAAGAAUUGAAAAUUUAAAACUGGUUGUUAAAGCUUUGAAGUCCCUGCGACCCCAGCUAGAUGUUCAGGCUACUGAAAGAUAUGAUCUCUUGUUAAACAAAAUCUUUAAAAUUUCAGGAACUGCUGCAAAAUUAGGAAGAACAGCUGCUUAUCACCACUGCACUUUGUUAUGCAGCACUGAUAAAUUGGUUCUAACAUCUGUGUUAAAGACUCCUAACAGUGGAAUCCAAAGUAAUGCCACACCAAGUGUGCCUGCAUUAGUGAGAAAUCUCUAUGAAGAAGAUCCCACAUUAACUUGUGAAAUGCUUAUGGAAGCCAUUGCUGGCGAAUAUGCUUCACAUCAUCACAUAGAAAACCAUAUCCAUGUCAUAAAUCCAGCCAAUGAAACAGAAUUCCCUGGAAUUAACAAUAAAGCCAUAGAACUAAAAGCCUGGAAUUGGCUAUAUGGAAAAACACCAAAGUUCAAAAUCAUCACAUCUUUUAAUAUAGGUCAUGAGGAAUCCAAUGUUGAAAUUCAGAUAAGUAUGGAUAUAAAGAAUGGUAACAUUGAAACUUGCCAAAUAGAUGUGCCUCAGAACUGGCUGCCACUGGAUGUAUGUGUGGAACUCGGGAACAGCCUGAUUGGCAACAAGUUUUGCCCAAAUGAAAACACUGCUCUGGCAACUGCUUUGCUGCGAACUUGGGCAGAUUCUACAUUACACAGCAAAUUGCAUAUCUUAUGUGAGAAGAUUGUAACAUUAAUGUAACUUAUGUGAUGAACUGGAUUCUUGGAUAUCAAAUUAGUAGUUUUAUAAUACAAGAUUGUUAUGAUGUUAGAAGAGUUCGGUGAAUGUAAAUUUAAUGUUACAUAAUAACUGAACAAAAAUAACAUUUGAAUAUAAAGUUCCUUUUUUAGAGGAGGUAGUUAAUUGAUACUGCAGUCAUUAUCUACUCAAAUGUGAACUCCAUUGAGUUUAAUGGAACUUGAAGUAACUUACUAUAGUGUUGAAAUCAAGAAUGCAAUUAUAAGAAUAAUAAUACA